UACACCUGCACCCAGAGGACACCUGCACCCCCACUACUGCACACCUGUUUGUCUUUCUCACGUCAAGUGCCGAAAGAAACACAACAGAGCCCGGUAGUCCAGUAGUGUCUAGUGUCUUGUGUACAGCGUCAGGUGUCCAGGUCGUCCAACAUGAUCAAGCGCAGUCUUCUCAUCAUUACCCUGGCGGUGGUGUGCGCCGUUGGGAUUCUCCAGCAAGACGCCUGUCUCCCCGACUGUAAUGGGAAAAAUUCUGGUGACAAAGUACCUGAUCCCAAGAACUGCACCAACUAUUACAUCUGUUUUGAUGAUGAUAUUAAUUCGGAUCACCCUAUUCCCUGCCCAAGUGGCAAUUAUUUUGAUCCAAGUUCAUCUGCGUGUGCCCCUGGAUCUGCAGACGAUUGUGAAGCUGUCUGCAAUCCUUCAGAUUGCCUCUUCACCUGCAACGGCUCCUUCAGCUUAAUUAGUGAUCCAUUCGAUUGUGGUACAUUCUAUAUUUGUAUUGCUGGUCAACCAACAGAGACACUUCACUGUACCAUUGACGCGCCUUACUUCGACGGUGUAAACUGUGUCAAUAACAGAGAAGAGUGUUGCACAGUCUCGUGUGUUCCCUACUGUCAGCCAGGGAUCGUGCAGACCCCCGACCCCACAGACUGCACCAAGUACUACAUGUGCGUUGAAGAAGGAGCUGUGGACCCAAACUUACACUUUUCUUGUGGUAGCGGUGAACACUUUGACUACCAAAUUGGUCGAUGUGUCUCAGGUGCUUCUUGCACCAACUUGUGUCCUCCCACAAAUUAUUAAGUACAUUGCUGUCGGGAACUUGAAUAACUACCACAACCACAUCAAUAACUACCACAUUAACGACGACCACAUCAACAACCACCACAUCAACAACCACCACAUCAACAACCACCACA